AUGGCACUGGCGAAUCGACUUGGGAUUAUUGUGGGAGGGUUGGGAGGUGCGGAGCAGAUCAUCUUCACAAGGACAUUCCACUGAGACUACAUUCAGGCAUCGGCAGCGUGACAGCCAACCUUCUUCGCUCUCGCGGAACAAAGUUGGCUCUCUUAUACGCCCCAUUGGAAUCAGAAAGAGUUCGACCGGUCCUCAAAGACAUUUUUGAUACCGAACCAGAAUCAUCGUCUGACAUCAAAGCUUACGAAUGCGACAUCACCUCUGCCAAUUCUGUUCAAGAUGCCUUCGACGCCAUUGCAUCUGACAAUACCGCCUUCCCAAGCAUCUUGGUCAAUACCGCUGGCUACGUGAGCCUCCAUCCCUUCGAGACAUUCCCCACGGAUGAGGUCCUGAUGCAUUACAACAUCAAUCUCCUCGGCCCUACCCUGACCGCACAAGCUUUCGCGAGACUCUACUUCCAAUCCGCCGAAGCCAACCGAGCCAAAGCCCCCGGAGGCAGAAUCGUCAACAUUGCCUCCCAGGCGGCCCACGUCGCCCUGAACCAUCACGGGCCUUACUGCGCGAGCAAAGCCGGCCUCCUCGGCCUCACCAAGUGCAUGGCCAGCGAGUGGGGCCCAAGGGGCAUCACCGCCAACACCGUCAGCCCCGGUCCCGUCAUGACCGCCCUCGGCCGGAAGGCCUGGGGCGAUCCCACCCUGAGCGAGCCCUACCUCGCCGGCGUCCCCACGGGCCAGUUCGCGGAGCCGAUGGAGGUGGCGAGGAUUGUGGAAUUUCUGUGCUCCGAUGGGGCAAGGAAUGUUAAUGGUGCUGAUGUGAGGCUUGAUGGGGGGUUUACGAUUCGAUGA